AUGUUGCAAGACACGGAAGGCAAGUUGGGCAACUAUGUGACAGGAAUAGUAUUACAGACAAGAAGACAAUUUUGUACACUGAACUUUGAUUUCAGUGAAUGUUAUCUGUUGUUUCCAGUAGGUACAGUUGAAAGUGAGAGAAAUGAAGGUGAAGCUGAGCUUGAGAAACAAAUGUUGCAAUCAUCAGACUGUUCAGACUCGGAACACAAUUACGAGACAGGUCAGUAACAAUCCUUUGCAACUUUGCACGUAACUGAGCGUCUUAGCCAACGGGUCAAUGGGUUAUUGUUGAAAUUAUUCUAUAUAGCUGACAUAGUGAUGUAUCUUAAUUGUUAAAUGUUAUACACAAAACAUUCAUACUUUGAAAGGUAAUGAUGAACUAGAGAUCAUACACUCGAAACAUGGCAAUAGCAGCAACCGUGUCACACCAUCUGGUAUUAGUGUGCUUACUGGUAGAGACGAUCCUAAAAAACAACCAGAGUCUUCAACAUCCUUACUUCCCACAGGUAUUCUAGCUUCUUAAAUCUUACUUCUUAAAGGCACAAUACCACCUAUUGAGCGAUGUGAUAUAACGCGCGAUAAACAACGCUUCGGCAUUCGAAGAUGGCAAAAUGGAUAGAGUGUGAUGACACUAUACACAAGUUUUGUGACGUAUCUGACAACCAAUGGCUUUCAAAACGCUCUGGCGAUAUACGUAAAGUACUUACUUUUCCUUCCUGGUCCGAAUGCAAAAUAGCUAACUAGGAAUAAUUCCUAAAUACUGUCAAAACCAAGAGCGAAAUGUGCUCGAACAAAUUACCGGUAUUGUUGCGAUACAUGUAACUGUAAAUUUGUAAGUGUAAUUUGAUAUCAAAAAGAGUAAAGGUCGGUAAAUUUGCUUGGAAAUUGUAAUAAUUAAAGAUUUAGUGCAAUUUAAAACGAUAUUAACUAUAUAUUUCAAUGAGACCCACUCCUUGUGCAAAAUCAAUAAACUUGAAAAAGUUCGUGAACUUUUUCAAGUUUUGACCUACUAAAUCACAUCGCUCAGCAGGUGGUACUGUGCCUUUAACGUCUCUAUUGGGUUUGGCAUUAUGAUUUGCUGUUUACGUCUAAUAUCUAUUACAAUUUCAGAUUCAAAACGACCUAGUCAACCAAAACUUUUGAAAUACCCAGUGAACAAGAGCAUUAAUCCCAAAACAAAGAAAACAAAGAGUUUCAGUAGCUCUUGGUAUAGUAGGUUUCCUUGGUUGGAGUACAGCGUUGAGAGAGAUGCAGCGCUCUGUUAUUGUUGUCGAAAUUUCACUGCUAACAAAGCAAAUUCAGCGGGUGCAUCAGCUUUCACAACAACUGGAUACAGGAACUGGGCUAAUGCUCUUGAUAAGGACAAAGGAUUUCUUCAGCACGAACGAUCAGAACUUCAUAAAAACAGCUAUUCAAAUUGGAUGACCUGGCAAAAAGUUCAAGAGGGUUCUGAGAUAAACAUUAUCCAAAGGCUGUGUCCUGAUAGAGCCACGGUUGCAAGUGAAAACAGAGAGUAUCUUAGACAUCUCCUCAAGUAUGUACUCUGGUUUACAACCAACGAGCUUGCAAUGCGCGGAGAUGAUGAGUCUGAUGAGUCUAAGAACCCGGGAAAGUGGAUAACAUUUAUUAAACUGCAGUUAGAAAUGAAUCCCACAUUUAGAGAAUUGCACAAUAAAGUUACGAAGUCUAAGAGUACAGAUUACACAAGUAAAACAAGUGUAAAUGGCUUCAUCGAGAUUAUAGCAGACAGCGUGCGUAAG